AUGGCGGCCACCUCACCGACAGAAACCGCCUUGGUGAUUCUGUACUACUUGUAUCCAGCUCUGGUUUUCACUUACUUUUUUUCUGCCUCCCUUGUCUCGGCUUGUACAGCAUCCUCCCAAAAGGAUGAACACAAGAAAAAACGCCCAAACGGGACAUUGAUACUCAUUCUCUACCUCUUGUGCAUUCUGACAUACGUCGCCCAGCUUUCGCUACUUGGUAUACAGGCCGCCCUUACUCGAGAAUGGCCAACUGAAGAUCACAUCAUCAUUGGGCAUUUGGCGUGCAUUCUGGCGUUUGGGAUUCAGCUCACCCGUUGUCUUGACACUGAACAUGGACCUUUUUAUCCUUUCAUCGGCUCAUUGGCGCUCGGCCUGUUCACGCUUGGUGCAUCAGUUCAGGCUGAAUCGGACGAAGAACGGGAACCACUGUUACCCAAGGCCACAACCACCUCACCCAGCACUCCAACUAGUCAGGAGUCUGGGUAUGGUUCAACGCUUCAGGUCGAGGAAGAAGAAGACGAGACCCCAGAAUAUAGCUGGGAACGUCGCGAGCGAGAGGCCAAGGAGGCUAUGAAAAAGAGACUUGAGGAAGGUGGUAACUGGUUUGAGUAUGCGAAAGGUUUCAAGAUUCUCUUCCCCUAUGUGUGGCCUGUUGGGAACGUCGGCCUGCAGCUUCGUGCAGCAGCUGUAUGCCUUUGCUUAUUCGCAUCCAACGCUCUCCACCUUUUGAUCCCCCGCCAAACUGGAAUCAUCAUGGACAGUUUGAAUGGUUCUAGUAACAGCAACCCUUGGAUCGCAGUCAUCAUAUUUGCCGCACUUCGUUUGGCUGCCUCUGAAUCCGGCAUUGAGCUUAUUCGCCAAUGGCUAUGGGUCCCUGUUAAGUACUACUCCCAUGAUGCACUGACACGAGCGGCCUACUCCCAUAUGAUGCACCUCUCAGCAGAUUUCCACGAUUCGAAGAGUUCAUCAGAUAUGAUGAUGGCUAUCUACGGAGGCAGCGCGGUAUCCAACGUCGUUGAGAAUGUUUUACUUUAUGCUGUUCCUAUGCUCAUCGAUAUGGGCGUAGCCAUUGUCUACCUCUCCAUCACAUUUGGCCCAUACGAAGGUCUUAUUACAGUGGCCACCGGUAUCUUCUUUCUCCUUAUCGCCAGUAGACUUGUGGCCAACUCCAAGGCAGCCAGCCGAAAUCGGGUCAAUGCACUAUACGAGGAACAUUAUGUGCGUCAGUCCGGCUUUCUGGGGUGGCAGACUGUCAGUGCCUUCAACCAGAUUGGUUAUGAAGAUAACCGGCACGCCAAUGCAGUUACCAAUCGUUGGCUUAGAGAGCAGCAAUAUGUGCUGGGAUGGUAUAUCUCUAUUGGAUUUCAGACUCUGGUUCUCACAUCUGGUCUUCUUGCCAGUGCGUUUCUAGCUGUUUACCGUAUCAAAGCCGGCCAUGCAACCCCUGGACAGUUUGCGAUGCUCUUGAUGUAUUGGGCACAGUUGACAUCGCCGCUUCAAUUUUUCGCAAAGCUGGGGAAAAACGUCAGCGACGACUUCAUCGAUGCCGAACGCCUACUAGACAUCAUGAGAACCCAGCCUUCAGUUGAGAACCAGAAGGGAGCCAGGCCAUUGAAAUUUGUUGCUGGCGAGGUGGAUUUCGAAAAAGUUUCUUUCAGUUAUGAUAAAAAGAAGGCCAUUAUUAAGGAUGUCAGCUUUCACGUUCCUGCUGGGCAAACUGUUGCUUUCGUUGGGGCUACAGGAGCGGGAAAGUCAACUCUUAUCAAACUGCUAGAUCGAUUCUACGACGUGGGCGAGGGCCGUAUCUGUAUCGAUGGUCAGGACAUCAGAGACGUUGACCUGUUCAGUCUUCGCGAUCGCAUUGGGGUCGUCCCUCAAAGCCCAAUCCUAUUCGACGAUACAAUCAUGAACAACGUUCGAUAUGGAAGAAUCACAGCAACCGACGAGGAAGUAUACGACGCAUGCAAAGCUGCGUGUAUUCAUGAUAAGAUCAAAGGCUUUACCCAUGGGUACAAGACGCGUGUUGGAGAGCGUGGCGUGAAAUUAUCUGGCGGCGAACUUCAACGCAUUGCUAUAGCUAGGGCAAUGCUCAAGAAGCCAGAUAUCGUUCUGCUCGACGAAGCUACCAGCGCGGUAGACACAGAUACCGAGCAACAGAUCCAGGUCUCUUUCAAAAGAUUAUGUAGUCACCGCCUUUCCACGAUUAUGAACGCAGACCGAAUUAUUGUGGUUGAGAAUGGCGAAAUCCUUGAACAGGGCAAUCACGACGAACUUAUCGUUGCCGGAGGAAGAUAUGCGGACCUUUGGUCCAAGCAAGUUUUUGUGCGACCCAAGGAUGAAGACAAGGAUACCUCAUCCGGUCAGGCAGGAUUCGUUAACGACUUAUCCUCGGAGCAGACCAAGGCUGAGCUGUCGAAGGUCAAGAAGCCGGCAGCCGCAGCCAGUGAACAAGGGAAAUCGUCCAAGGCACAGGACAGUGAAGGCCAAGUCACCGGUACCCCAACGCAAAAGCGAGAGGGAAACCGAUUGAAUCCUGUCGCCGCUACGUUUACCCCCAGAACGCUGGCCAAGGCUAGGCUAUUAAUGGCGACUGAAACAUCCGAAGCAUCGACCAUAUCGACUGCUGACAAUGAGGCGAUUAACGGGAGUCGGGUUGCUCAAGACAGCGAUCACGUGGCACCACAGAGUACAGCAUCCAACGAAAAGAAGAAGGCUUUUAUUGCAGCGGUCGAUCAUGCUCUGAAGAAUAAACGUGCAAGUCGUGUUGAUACUGGUGAAAAUAUGGAGUCCCCUGCCACGGUCGCAAAUGAACCUAAACCCUCCGAAAAGAAGGAAGAUGCUACAGAGGGCCAACGUGUCGAAUACAAGCUUCCAUACUAUUCCCGACGUAACCAAUCCAAGAGCGAGCCGUCGCAGGGGUCACACAGUUCGGAUGAACCUGACACGGACAGUGCAGUCUUGACUUCUGCAAUUGAGGGUCCAGCAUCCCCAAUGCGUCGUCGUGUUACAUUGCCUCCUAUGAAGGUCACUAUGGGAUCUCAAAUUCCACUGCCCACCGAGGUCAAGCAACAGAAGCUAAUGACUGCAUCGAAGCCGACUGGCCACUGCAAUAACCGGCAACAAGAGUCGUCUGCAAAGAACUCGGAUCGACUAACACAAAAUGACUUGCGAACUAUCGAAUCAUGCGCACCAGCACGACCUAAGGUUUCUCAAAAGAAAGAUGAAGUACCCGCCCAAAGCGCUAUCAAUGACGGCGUCAAAUCCAACCACGCCGAGUUGCCAGAACAGGACAAAGACAGAAUCACCUCUGGACCACGCCGGGGUGGGCGCGGAGGCCGAAGAGGGCGUACCCCUUGGUCCCGUGGCCGACAUGGCCGAGGCAACUAUCGGGGAGGCUCGCCAAACAGACAGGCAGCCUGA